CCCUGACGACCCUAAUCAGGUCAGCAAAAUUCUUGACAGAUUUGAAGAGUACCAUCCUGUCAGAAGACCGACGUUUGACAGUUGAAAUUUUGAAAGGCGCCGUACAACUCAGCGCUCAGGGCGGGCGACCUGUGCAGGAGGCCUUAUAAGUCCCCUGCCUUCCUCAUUCGACCCUUCCAGCUUGACCCCUUCCCUUUUCCCCCGUUUCUGUCUGUUCGGUCUCCGUUCCUCUUUCAUCCCUUUCUUAGACUUAAGAACACGAGCGAACAUGGUGUCGCCAAUAAUCUCCAUCGCAAGGAUGGCCGUGCUAGGCAUCGCGACCCUAUUCAGUUUCGUCACCAUUGCUCUCGCUGGGCAUAUGCGCAGUGUUACUGGGGAAUUCAUCGUAUAUGACUUUCAGAACUUGUCCAUCGCCGUUGCUGUCCUCACCAUCAUUUCGGUUCCCGUGUUUUUCGUUAUCGGAUUCCUGAGGAAAGGUUCUUGGUUCACGAUGAACGUCGUCGAAGUCCCCGUGUUGGGUUUCCUAAGCAUCCUCUGGUUGGCCAACGCAAUUCUUUACAGUGAAUGGGACAGUGUUUUCUAUGCAAGCCUCCAGUGCUCCUCCAGCGGGCUUAGCGCCGCCGACCAAACGUUCUGCGGAGAAUUCAGAGCUGUUGAAGCCCUCUCGUUUAUCACUUGGAUCGCUCUCUUCGGAUACGCCGCUGCAACUAUCGUCUUCUGCCUCAUCGGAAAGUCUCGAGGGAAUAACGUUUGGUUGGUCGACAUCAGCGCCGUAGAUUACUUCACCUACAACAAAAAUCCUGGUGGUUCGUUCACUGGUCAACCUCAGUAUACCGGGAACUCGGUACCUACGCAUACUACCGGACAGACUAUGGGUACGCAGUAUACGGGUCAGCAGCCCCAGAUGGGUUACGUGCAGCCGGUCGGACAACCCCAGUUCCAGCAAGCCCCGGCUCAGGGACAAAUGUAUCCUCCUCAGCACAGUUCGAGCCCUCCGGUUCAUGCUCAGGUUUAGUUGUUGGAGUUCUUUUACAAGAUUUACGCUGUUUUUUGUCGUUGUCGAAUUUAUUCUCUUCAUCUGCUCUUGGGAUUUGUGUAUUGUCCUUGCUCGCGUUGACCUAUUAUUUAUGUAUAUAUUCUAUGCUCAAACGGAGAUCAAUAAAAGCCUCGAAUACCUUCCAUUUCUUGUCCGAAACAUGUCGUUCUUA